UGCACUGUAGCUUUAACAUCCCUUUCUUCUGUCGGUGGCAGACAAACCAUAUUAAAACAUCUCCCUUUAGUUGGCUUUUCGGCUCAGAGGAAGGGGGUAUUGUUAGUGCCAGGAGACUGACGGUCUUCAUUGCUUUAGCAGGUGGGGAAACGGGAGUGAAGGCAGUUAUAUAGUCAUUACGCGAACGUUUCAAGCUGACCGGUAAUAUGUUAUUGCGUCUUGUGUUUUUAUAAGAUUGGAGACUCAAACAGAGAGAUCGCAGAAAGGCCUUCAGUUUCGGAAAUCGGUUGGGAAUUACGUUCAUCGUUGGAGGGGCGCCGGCUCUUUUCGGGGCUUUUCCUGUGACUUAGGAGGAGAUCGGGGAUGAUCCUUCGAUCAUAAUAAGCGUUUUGUCCAGAUUUCACACCGAGGCGUUUUGUGUGUGCUGGGAAAAUGAAUAAGCGGAUAUUUGCCCUGGAUGAUCGAAGGGUAGCCUUUUCUGCAAACCCAAGAGCACCGCUGAAGUCAGAAACGGGGGAGUUUCCGCUGUGCUGAACUGAACAAUUUUUUUUUUGUUAUCAAUAUGCCGGAGGACAGGAGGAAGACGUGUUUUUCAGCGCAGGGUAAACUCCGAAACUCAGAUUUAUGCUCCGCGAUGCAUAAUAAGAGGCUUUGAAACGGAUGCCGUUUAAUAACGAAUGAAAGCAAGUCCAGCUGGUUUAAAUGACUUUCGUAUUGCAUAUUAUUAAUAUUAAUAAUAAACUGCAUGUUUUAGACCUGGUUGACUCUGCAUCGUUUGUGUUACGGACCUCCAGCCUUUGGAUUUGGCUGCCUGUAAAUGACUUGUAUGAGACAUCAGUCUGGAGCUGAUUUGGCGUUUAUGCAGAAGCUUAAUGCUCGCCUGAUCCCCGACACACGCACAAAUAAACCGCACUUGGUAUCAGCUCACAGAGUUACAGGUUAAAACCUGCAAACUAGUUCUCCUUUCUGGAUAAAGUCAAUUUUCCUGCGAGUCUGAUUAGUUACCCACAGUGUGUAUCUGGCUGUUUCUUCCCCCACAGCCCCAUCUGGAUCCAUAAAUCUAAUGUUAUUUUUUUCAUGUCCGUUUUGGGGCUUGAGACGUAAGCAGCCAUCCGUCCAUCCUUGGUUAAAGUAACGGGCUGAUCCUUAACGCAAGUCGCGCCCGCUGGUGCAUUUCGGAGGGGAGGUGGAGCGCCGGCCGACUUCCGCGUUGACGCAGUGGGAUCUCUACGUCUGGUCAGCGGCUUCCCCCGCCCAGCCCGCGGUGACAGCGAUGGGUAGGAAGCGGUGUGUCGGUGCCGAUUGCUCCAAGAUGGCGGCCGGGUGCUGCGGGGUGAAGAAGCCGAAGCUGUCGGGAUCCCCCGGGUCUGGGGGUCCCGGCAGCGCGGGGAGCGGGAUGCCCGGGACAGGACACUGCGGAUCGGACCUGGGGAUCGGCUCCUCCUCCGCCGUGCAGGCGGGGAAUGUGAGCCGGCCGAACGGCCUGGGGGGUCCCGGGAGCAGCUGCGGCGGCGGCAGCGUCAACUCGAUGUCCCCAACUCCGGGGAGCUACGGCGCAAACGGCCUCUCCUCGAAUCUAAGCCCCGGACUCGGCGGGGGACGCAGGAUGGUGGUCUCGGCGGAGAUGUGCUGCUUCUGCUUCGACGUGCUUUAUUGCCAUCUGUACGGAUACCAGCCACCCCGGACACCCAGGUUUACAAACGACCCGUAUCCUCUAUUUGUUACGUGGAAAACAGGACGGGACAAGCGACUGAGGGGCUGUAUAGGUACCUUUUCUGCCAUGAACCUGCACUCAGGACUCAGGGAGUACACCCUCACCAGUGCCCUUAAAGACAGCCGCUUUCCCCCCAUGACGCGGGACGAGCUGCCGCGGCUCUUCUGCUCCGUGUCUUUGCUCACCAACUUCGAGGACGUUGGUGAUUACCUAGACUGGGAGGUGGGUGUACAUGGCAUCAGAAUAGAGUUUAUUAGCGAAAAAGGAUCAAAGCGGACCGCCACUUACCUUCCGGAGGUUGCGAAGGAGCAAGGUUGGGACCAUAUACAAACCAUAGAUUCCUUACUUCGCAAAGGGGGCUAUAAAGCCACCAUCACAAAUGACUUCAGGAAGACCAUUAAACUGACCAGGUAUCACAGCGAAAAGAUGACAAUGAGCUACGCGGAAUACAUCGCCCAUCGUCAGCACCAACACUACCAAAACGGCAUGGGGCACCCCCUCCCUAUCUACAACCAUUAUUCCUGACAGCGACCCGCGUGACCAGUCACUGGACCUCUCCGCAGGUCUCGUCCCAGGAGAGCCCUCCGCCUCCUGGUCUAACUACAUCUACUACUGUACCAUUUUAUGAUGAUUGUUUCCGUUGCCAUGGGAACGCUUUUCGAGCGGCAGCAUGGCAACGGAUGACAGCGGUUUUGUUACUAUUUAUUUUAUCGUCAUUGUCAAAGUGUUUCUCUUUAGAGUUACGUUACUGACGUUUUGCAGCACAUAUUUUAUUUGAAUAAACUAGACGUUAUUUUUUAUUUGUCAUUUUUCUGCUAAUCAGAUUUACUUUUCCUGUGGAUGGAACGUUAAUAUAAGGAUUUUUGUUUUGUUUAUAUCUUGCUUUUAUCGUAUCAUAUGGCAAGAUACGUUGCACAUGGAUUUGGGGGAAAAAUGCCCUUUUUCUUUUUAGUUGAAGCAAAUUGACGUAAUUGUUAGAGGGGAAAAAAAUAAUUCGAGUGAUUUGAGAGAACUGACCUGAAGUCAGUUUAAAUAAACCUGGAGAUCUGAACGAAUUUCUGUGUAUCUCUGGAUGACAAUAGUGAUGCAGACUGAAGGCUAAUGGAUACGUAACUGAAAAUACACUAAACUGACACGAUAAAACUGAUGAAUCCCAGGUCAUAAACUCUGAAGGAGCAGAUUGUAACUUAGGUGCAAAUGAAUAAAAUCAGUGUGUUCGUUUUCUUUAUAAAAUUUUUAGUAUCCAGCUUUUUAUGUACAUUUGGCCUGUUUCCUUCCCUCCGUUAAGUUUUCCUGUUGUUCAGUCACAGGAAAACAUUCGUUUAGCCGUGUUUGAGUGUGGGCUAUAAAAAUUCCAUGUCUGUUUGCUUGGAUCUCAGAUGAGGCAUUUUGUUUGUUUAUUUUUCUGAUCAGGUUGUUGGAGGGGCAUGAGUAAAACUCCUGAAAAAGCCAUUUACAAAAACACAAUCUCUGUUCUAGGCUCUGUGUCUCUGUUUACUGGCACUAGCCUGAGGACAGUGGUACAUUUUCGGACCCCCCCUACAGUUUAGUUGAUCAGUUUGGGCUUCAUUCUGUGGCUGAACAAUUCGAUGACUUCUGAAAUAACCCAGAUAAGUAUCUAAAUGGCCCAUGUUCUUUCUUGGGGUGAAUGCAAAAAUUUUAUUAAAGUGGAAUUAGUUUCCAAUAUUAUUUGGUAAAAACCAAGAGAACCCCUUUAUCUUAAUAUGUAAGCCAUGUGAUUUUCAGUCAUGCUGCAUAAACUGUAGUUUUUUAUCCUAUGAGAGAUUUACGAUUUCGGGUUCCGUCCUAUUUCAUUGUUUAUGGCUUUUCAUAGAGUAUUUUGAAGGAAACACCCAAUCAAUCAGAAGGCCAGCUUUCUGAGGUCUUCCAAUAUUCUGUCCAUAGCAAUGCUAAAACUUCCAUUGGACUAAACCAUUGAUGCCCUGUAUUUAUAUAAAAUAUCCAGUAAUACAUUUAUAUUCCUAUAAAGUAACAUUUUGGUUAUAAUGCAUAAAAACGUUCGAUAGUGUGUCAGCUUUGUGCAGUUUAAAAUGGAGUACUCUCAUCUAUGUAUGUGACUGUUUAUAAUUUAUUCAGCCCUGUCAUUAAUUUUAAAACGAUGCUAGGCACCUGAGUUAAUUGGUAGGACGUUAAAGCAUAUUAUUGAAUCUAAUGCUAAUUAAUGUUUAAUGAGUCAUUUGAGCAACAAGGGUCAGGAAAUUUUUCCUUUCUUCCGUUUGGUCCCCAAAUAACGUUUUGGUAACACUUUACAUAAGGUCAUGUUUUUAAUAAUUUAUAAACACAUUCAUAAUGCAUUCAUAAAGCAUUAUAAACAUGGCUGUAUGUAUUUAUAAAAAGGAAUACAUUAUGGACAUGUUUAUCAUGCAUUAUGAAGGCUUUAUUAAAGUCUCAUCUAUAGAUGCUUUCAUAAUGCAGUUCAAAGGAUCCUUAAUGCUUAUACCAACCAUUAUAUUGCAUUUUAAUGGUAUCUAUAGUGCAUUAUAGAUGUUUCAUAAGGCAGUCAUGAUGCAUAAUAAACAUGGUUAGGAUGUGUUAAGCCUUCGAUAAAUAUUUAUAACCAUGUUUAUAAUGCUUUAUGAAUGCAUUAUUUGGAUAUGAAUGCGUGAAAAUAGCUAAAGUUUUCAAUCCAAAGAGAUGCCUUAUGGUAGUAAAAGCAGUCUGUGGUUCUCUGGACCUGGCUCUGUUUCCAUACGGCACUAACUAAGUGAGGCUCUGGCUGGUUGAUUGCCUGGCAAUAGUAUCUGACAAUCCAACUCUUAAACUGUGACUUAUCUUUUUGUUACUGUCAUGGUGCAGCACCAUUGCUGUGCCGUGCUACACGCCUUAAGUGUGCACGCAUGGUACAGUGUCAGUUCCUGACAUGUCCAUUCUCACAGAUUCCAGCUCCUUCAGGCUCAAAAACAUGGAAACUUGUUUCAAUAUUUGUUCAAUAUUUUAUUGUAUAGCUGUCUUUUGUCCCUGCGAGAAAUUAAGGUAGGAAACACAGGCAGUUUUUUUUGGUUCAUUUUUUCCCCCAAUGGUACAUGAUGAUUUUGCUGCAAAACUGUUAGAUUAUUAUAUGUGAUUAUAUGUUUGUAUGCUGUGUACACAUACCCACGUGGUGUGUUGCGUAUGUUGUACACAAGUCAACACUAUUGUUUAUCCUUGACUAGUUAUUUUUACUACAAAAGAUUAUAGAAUAAUAAUCUGCAAAAAUGGUGCUAAUAGACCUCAUGUUGGAGAGGUCAUGUGACUGGUCAUGCGGACUUCUGAAUCAUAUCAUUAUUUUUUAAUAUAUGCAGACCUGUUUUAUAGGUGUUUCGUACAGUGUAAUUAUGUAAUAAAAAUCCCAUCGUUUUGAGAGGGCAUGGAUAUUAAAACACUUUCCUGCUCCUCUCCCAUUAAUUUCUGGACUGGACAUCAACUCAAGUUAUUUAUGUUCUUACAUUUCAAGCUGGGACUCUGUCACCCUUCUGAUUAGGAAACACAAGUUUUUCUUUACUCACAGUUCGGGUCAGACUCAUGCGGAUAUCUGAUAUUCCACGGGGUCCUAAGCAUACACCUCGACAGAGUCAUGAAAGGUUAAGAUAAUCAAGUAAUGAUGCAAACGUGCAUCUGUCUGCAGUGCCUUGGCACUAAGCAGCUUCUAAGGGCUUCCGUAUUUCUUUUUUUAAGUUUGACUUUACCAAAAUGCAGUAACUUUGGCUAAAGCACACUCCCGGUGAAGCUGUGUGUUUGGUGCGUUUCAUUUGUUUUUCACUUAUGCAAAAUUGGUCGUCCCUGCAGUGCAUCGUGGGAUAUGUUUAUCACAGGAAAAAGAAGACAUUUGGUCUGUGCGAUGGCUACUGAAAAGCUGGAGGUUUGAGAUGGAAGAUGGACUUCUAUGUUCCUGAGAGAGAUGAUGGUGUUUAUGGUGUCCUCCCAGUAACCUGAACAUCAGUACCAUAGUUCCCUCUAAAGAAUUGUUCAGGAUUGAAGUCUUUCAAUCCACUGGUUUCUGUUACUGGGGCAAAAUCCCACAGUUCCUCUUUAAGACACAGUAGUAUUUUACAGUGAUUUGUAAUGUCUCCCAUUGUCUUGAUCUCAAAUAUUAUGAAUAUUACUUUUUCUUGGUGAGAGAUGCAUUUUAAGUAACUUAAAUUAGGUUAUAAUUUUGAUUUUUAAUAUUCUUUAAAAAAAAAAUCUAUGAUCAACCUCUUUGGACUAUGAGGAAAUGCACUUGAACUGUAUUCUGUUGUCUACAUGAACAGUUUUGCAUAGAAACCAUUCUACGAUGGUUUAUUGUAAAAUGCUUUCAAGCCUAAUCCUGGAGCAUUAUGGGUUGGUUCUGCCACCCGCCACUGUUUCCUGUGCUUCUUUGUAUCCUUAUUUCUUAUCCAAAAAUGACGGAAAUAAACCUCCAGUGUCAAUAAUGUGAUCAGCUGCCUUUGCAUCUUAAAACACGAAAUGGAAAUCAAUAACCAAGUGGGGGAAAAAAACUAAGAAACAAAUGCUUUGUGGUGUUAAUUUACGAUGUGAAUGUUAAACCAGGUUAGAGAUGAAACAGAACAUGAAAUUGCAUGAUAAACUAUUAAAAGUAGCAUUUCUUUAUUAUGUAAUAAUCACUAAAGCUCUGGAGGCAAAUUGCAGUUUUGUGUGUAUGGUUUUUCCUUUUGGUUCUACUAGAAAAACACACACAUAUACAUACACAUACAAGGAUUGACUUCCUUGUUUCCUUCUGAACUUGUAUGACUCAAAUGUGUGGUCUCCCUUUACCCUUGUGUGUUUUACGGAACCAAAGAUGCCUCCAGCCUUGUUCAAAUGCUGCUUCCCACCCCCCACCCCUCCCCACGCAGACACACAAAAAACACACCCUGCAGAAGAAAUGUCUGUCAUAUUGCCUUUGUUUUUUUCAUAGCUUGAGUCAGUUUAAAUUGUUGCACUCCGGGAAACCUCAUUCAAUGUUAAAAUGAUGUUAACUGUAAAUGAACUGCAUGUGCAUUUUCCCUUCAUUGUUACAAUUUUUUUAAGGAGAAAAAUUUCCCAUAGCGUGCCUCUUUGACAUGAGUUUCUUAAUGUGUUUCUUAAUGACCAGCAGUGAUAUUACAUCUCAAGAUGCAUUUAUCCUCAUUGUUUUAAGGUUAAAAAAGGGGGGAAAAGCAAAGCCUUGUUUCUUAAUUCUCAACCCAGUAACUUCACUGGUAAACAAUGGCACUGAUAGUUACACAUUAAUUCUAAGUAUUGGGGGAGGGGGGGGGGGGGACCAUCAAUGUGUUGGCACUUUUGUAAGAAAACAUGGAAACUGGAAAAAAAACAUUGUUUUGUACAUCAAAGUUUAUUCUUUUCAAAUAAAAUUUUGGAUCUAGUUUAUAAAUUAUUUUAAUGCUUUUCUAUAUUCUGAAAUAAGUUGGUGGUCUUACCUGCUUGUCAGGGGACUGAAAUGGCCUUUGGGGUGCCUGGCGUAGCCCCAAAUGCUCACCUUUUACUUUUCGUUUUGUUUUAGUUUAUACGUGCUCCGUUUAUUCCAACUGACAACAUGAGGAAACAUAAGGCCUGGAUCCACAUUCCCUUGUAAAACUAGAUUCGUCUUUCUCCCCCAGUGUGAUGGACUUCAAAAGGGGCAUUUUAAAACAGGAAGAGUGGAAUGGAGGAGGACAUUUUUCACAUGGAUGGCAUAUAGGUGGAUACGUGAAUUCUGGUUGUGGUCGUCCUGUUGUACAUUGAACACUAUUGUUACCUUUUAAAUCAUCCAAUAAAAAAAAUCCAAAUUA